UUAUAGAUUAUAGAUAUGGACAUUAUUCACUGUGAGUAAAUAUUGUUUGUGUCAUUGAUGGUAAACAUUCCAUUAGUUUAAGAUAAAACUGCAUUUUAUAUAACUGCCUUAAAGUCGGUGAAAAUGUAGCAGUAGUAUUUUGUAACUCGUACAAAGUCAGUUGUGUUAUGAACAUGCAUCGCGUUACUUCCAUCUGCUACGUAUUGCAUCCAUUAUUGUAGGUUAUAAGUCAUAGCCUACUCCUUUGUCGAAUUUAUUGUUUAGUUUUCGUCUCGAAGAGUUUUGUCAUUGCUAGAAAAAAAUGUUGAAUAUAAUAGAAUUAUCAACGAGGAAAGAAAAUACACGAAAAAGGUAACAGUGAAAAUUAAAGUGAGAAAUACGCAUAUUGAUGUAUCAUAGUAUAUUCACGAAUAUUGUAAUACAGUAGCAAGAAUAACCAUAAGAUGCAGUUAUGAGAAGCGUCAACAUUAUCAAUAUGUUUUUGUUGAUCUGUAAUUCUGUAAGUUGAAACAACUUCGAAGAAAAUGUAUACAGUAUUGUCUUUCAUUGUGACCAAAGUAUUAAUGUAUACCUGAAGGUAUUUUCUACAUAAUUUUAAAUGAAAAGUUAAUAAAAGUUAUAAAAUUGAAAUUAAAACGUACAAAGUAUCCAAAGUAUAUAAUUACGUACUCGAAACGUAUUUUUAAUGCUUAUGAUAAAAUAAUUGAUAAUAAUAAGAAAAUAUAUUUUAACAAAAAUGACUGGUCCAUUAAGAGAUCAACCAUGGGGUUUGAAAGCCAUGGAAUAUGCAAUUAUUAAAUGUUGUCCAAACCAUCGUGUCAACCGAAUUAUAUGGCAUCAAGGUGUUAUUUUAGUACUUACAUACUUAGCAUACACUUGUUACCAUAUGACAAGAAAACCUAUGUCUGUUGUAAAAAAUGUAUUGAGUUUUAACUGCAGUACUUUAUCACCACCUCCAAAUUUUUUAAUCAAUAGUAGUAAUCGAGAUACAUGGUGUGAUUGGGCUCCAUUUGAUACUGCAGAUGCUCCAGCAUUACUUGGCAUAUUAGAUUCAGCAUUCCUGUUUGUAUAUGCAGCAGCUAUGUUCCUCAGCGGUUUCAUAGCAGAAAGAGUAAAUCUACGAUAUUUUCUUACAUUUGGCAUGCUUGCAUCUGGCAUAUCUUGUUAUCUUUUUGGUAUUGCUAGGCCAUACAACAUUCAUAAUUUAUGGUAUUUUGUUUUAGUUCAAGCUAUUGGUGGCGUUUUUCAAACAUCUGGUUGGCCAGGUGUAGUUACAGUUGUAGGAAAUUGGUUUGGAAAAGGAAAAAGAGGAUUAAUUUUUGGAAUAUGGAACUCUCACACAUCAUUAGGAAAUAUUUUGGGCAGUUUAAUAGCUGCUGAGUUUGUGGAAUCUGAUUGGGGUCUAAGUUUCAUGGUACCUGGAAUAAUAAUGGGCUUAAUAGGAUUUAUAAUAUUUUUAUUUUUAGUACCAAAUCCUAUAGAUAUAGGAUGUAUACUACCUGUUUCAUCUAAAUAUAGAAAACUUGAUGCUGCCCAUAGUUCAGAUGAAGGAAGUAGUGCAGAUGAAUGUGAAAAUAUACAUAAUCGUCUCACUUAUCGCUGUGCCUACCGCGAACAAGUUGAUGUCGAUGACAUCGAAAAUGCACGAUCUGAAACUAGUCCGAUAUUACCAAGGCAUAGACAUGUACAAGAAAGUGAUAGAGGAAAUGCAAUUGGAUUCAUGAAAGCUAUGAUGAUACCUGGUGUUGUAGAAUAUUCUCUUUCCUUAUUUUUUGCAAAACUUGUAAGCUAUACAUUCCUAUAUUGGUUACCGUUGUAUAUUGCGGCUUCAACUACCUACGGCACAACAUUAAGUGCAGAUCUUUCUACUUUCUUUGAUAUUGGUGGCAUAAUAGGUGCAAUAGCAGCUGGUGUUUUAUCUGAUUAUAGUGGGACAAGUGCUUUAACAUGUGCAGUCAUGUUUGGAUUUGCAGUUCCUAUGUUAUUCAUAUACGACUGCAUUGGAAGUACUAGUUUGGCAACCACCAUAUUGUUGCUGCUAAUAGUUGGUUUAUUAGUAAAUGGACCAUAUGCCUUGAUAACAACUGCAGUAUCUGCUGAACUAGGAACACAUCCUAGUUUGGGAAAUAAUUCUAAAGCUUUAGCUACAGUUACUGCAAUUAUUGAUGGUACAGGCAGUAUUGGGGCUGCUGUAGGUCCACUACUAGCAGGAAUGGUAGCAAAUUGGGCUGGUUGGCACAAUGUGUUUUACAUGCUCAUGAUUUCAGAUAUGUUAGCAUUAUUGCUUCUAUCAAGAUUAGUUUAUGGAGAUGUAAAACUAUUUAGACGACGGCGAAGAAUUGUUUCUUAUUGAAUAAAAAAUAAUGGAUACAUAUGAAAAUAAAUAAAUUCUCCAAAUAUGUAUUCAAAUAUUAAUUCUUUUAUAAAUGGCAUAAAAUAUAUAUAAAAUUUGCACUUUGUGUUCAAUUUUGUCAAUUCACUAGUGCACCUAAAUAAACAGUAUAUUUUUUAUAACUA